GGAUGCGCACGAGCUGGCGCACCCCUGCGGUUUCCUAGGAGAUGAAACACACAAGACGCCGAGGCCUCACACCGGAGCAGAAGAGGGUGUUCAUAAGAAUGGAUGCACUGUUUCCUUGCCACAUUCUUUAUUGCUGUAGCUCAUGAACCUACAUAAUCUUGGGGAAGAGCCUAUGUUUAAUGAUGACAAACCUGUUACCAGUAUAGCAACAACAGUCUACCAGCAAAAACAAAUAAAAAUAAAGAAGCAUUUAAAUUUAUUUUCAACAAAGAAGCCAUUGCAAUCAACAACUUCUGCUGCAUUAUUUUUCCAAGAUGAACCGGUACACGACCAUGCGACAGCUGGGGGAUGGCACCUAUGGGAGUGUGCUGAUGGGCAAGAGUAACGAAUCUGGGGAGCUGGUGGCCAUUAAAAGGAUGAAGAGAAAGUUCUAUUCUUGGGAUGAAUGUAUGAACUUGAGAGAAGUUAAGUCUCUGAAGAAACUUAAUCAUGCCAACGUGAUUAAACUAAAAGAAGUUAUCAGAGAAAAUGACCAUCUUUAUUUUAUAUUUGAAUAUAUGAAAGAAAACCUCUAUCAAUUAAUGAAAGACAGAAACAAGUUGUUCCCUGAGUCCGUCAUCAGAAAUAUUAUGUAUCAAAUAUUACAAGGGCUGGCAUUCAUCCAUAAACAUGGUUUUUUUCAUAGGGAUAUGAAACCAGAAAACUUGCUUUGUAUGGGUCCAGAACUUGUGAAAAUUGCUGAUUUUGGACUUGCAAGAGAAUUAAGAUCCCAGCCACCAUACACUGAUUAUGUAUCUACCCGAUGGUACCGUGCUCCUGAAGUUUUAUUAAGAUCUUCAGUUUAUAGCUCUCCCAUUGAUGUGUGGGCUGUUGGGAGUAUAAUGGCUGAACUAUAUACAUUAAGACCACUCUUCCCAGGGACAAGUGAGGUUGAUGAAAUCUUUAAAAUUUGCCAAGUUUUAGGGACUCCAAAAAAAAGUGACUGGCCAGAAGGGUAUCAGCUUGCAUCCUCGAUGAAUUUCCGUUUUCCCCAGUGUGUUCCUAUAAACUUAAAAACUCUUAUUCCCAAUGCCAGUAAUGAAGCUAUUCAGCUUAUGACUGAAAUGUUGAAUUGGGAUCCAAAAAAACGACCAACAGCAAGCCAGGCAUUGAAACACCCGUAUUUUCAAGUUGGACAGGUAUUAGGCCCUCCCUCACAUCAUCUGGAAUCGAAACAGCCUUUGCAUAAGCAGGUGCAACCACUAGAAUCGAAGCCACCUUUAAUUGAUUUAGAAUCUAUGCCUCUGCCAGACAUAAAUGAUCAGACUGCUGGACAGCCCCAGCCAAAAAACAGCCACCAGCCACUGCAGUCCAUCCAGCCGCAACAGAACAUGAAUGUCCAGCAAGCGCCAAAGCAGCAGAGCCAACAGAAACACCCUCAAACACUGUUUCCAAGUAUUGUCAGGAACAUGCCAACUAAGCCAAGCAGCAUGCUGGGGCACAAGAGCAUGAGGAGGCGUUGGGGUCAGACUGUGUUCAAGUCUGGAGAUAGUUGGGAAGACUUGGAGGACAGUGAUUUUGGAACCUCCCAAACCAAGAAACCAAGCAUGAGUGUUUUCAGAGAAAAAAGGAGAAAAGAUUCUCCAUUUCGGCUUCCAGAGUCCGUACCCUCAGGCUCCAACCACUCAGCAGUGGAAAACAAGAGCGUACCUGCUACUAUUUCCCUAAAAUCUGAUUCCAAAUUAUCAACAGCUUCAACAGCUAAACAGUACUACUUAAAGCAAUCACGGUACCUUCCAGGUGUAAAUCCUAAGAACGUGUCCUUGAUAGCCAGUGGAAAGGAUAUAAAUCCAUAUACUUGGAGUAAUCAAUUAUUUCCUAAGUCAUUGGGACCCAUUGGGGCAGAACUUGCUUUCAAAAGGAGUAAUGCAGAAGAAAGCAUAAUUAAACCAAUUGAAAAACUAUCAUGCAAUGAAAGUUUUCCUGAGAAAUUAGAGGACCCACAAGGAAAUCGUGGAAGUUACGCUACUUACGGUCAGUCAGGAUACACUCCUUCCUUUCUCAAGAAAGAAGUGGGGUCAGCUGGCCAGAGGAUACACUUAGCGCCUCUCAGCACAGCGGCUCCAGAAUAUACCUGGAACACAAGUGGUCGGGGGCAAUUUUCAGGACCUACUUACAAUCCUACAGCCAAGAACAUCAAUAUUGUGAAUCGUGCACAGCCAGUUCCCUCAGUGCAUGGGAGGACAGAUUGGGUGGCCAAGUACGGAGGCCACCGGUAGGAGCCUGCUGUGAAGCCCCAUAGCACUGCCCCAGAGUCCUCUGACCCUGGGAAGUGUCUACAGAUGUCUACUUCUACUGACUUCCAGAAGAACUAUGUAAUAGUGGUACUUUGAAGAGCAAAAUUCAUCUCCUAUUUUCUUUCCUAAAAAUAAAAUGCAUUUUCUUGGCUUUGUUGCCCAUAUAUGGGUAGGACUGAUACAUGGGUAGGACUUUACAAAGUAUUGAAUAAACUAUUUGCCAAAGUAUCAAGUACUUGAUAUACAAAUUAAUAGAUACUAAGUACGAGAAGCUUUUUUAAAAAUGCAUCCAGAAGUGUUUAGUUUUCAUGUGUUGUCCAUUUGCCUAAACUACUUAAUAUUUCAUCCUUUGGCCUCAGAGGUUUGUUGUGUUUUUGUUUUUUAUAGCAAUUAGGUAGUGUUGUGGGCUGUCACUUAUAGUUCUUACUUGGCCACAGCUCUACUCUACCACUUCAACAAUGGCAGGAACAUGUAACUUAUCAUUUGUUUGUCUACUUUGAAAUUACAGAAGCAAUGAUAAUGCCAAUCUUGAGCAGCAUGUAUUUCUUAGAAAUAAAUUUAUCUUUAACAUAGAGAUUUCAAAAUUAUGCCAUCUGAUUUUAGUGGGAAAAGAGCCUAUUGUUUAAUUUUGACCAAUACAAUUGCUAUGAAUUCGUAAUAACUAUCAAACCCAAUGGCUUGAUGACUCCCAAAUGAACCAAGUCAAGGUUCUCCUAUGUUCACAUCAAGAAAGUUCGUAAAACUGUGAUGUGUGUUCAUCAGACUUUCAAAAUAUGUUUGUUUCUGUGUUCCUAUUGGACAUAAGGGUGAUAGGAUGUCAGCUGGUUCCCCAAAGAAAACUCACUGCUGAUCAUUGACUCAGCACUAACUCAGAGCACUCACAUGUGCUCUGAAGAGCAAAUGCAUUCAGUUGCUGCUAUAGCAGUGAUUUCACUUAGUCCAUUUUUUGUCUUAAGUUUUCUUUCUAAAUUUGUUUUUAAAAUAGACAUUUUGAACUUAUGACAACUUUAUUUAAACCUGCCAUUUUAUGGACUGGAUAUCAGUACUGUAUAUUCUUUUAAAAGAGUCAUGUUAUCAACUCCUAAUAAUUUUAUGUAUUUUAUGACUUUGUAGUAAAUGUUAACAUAAUCUAUAUCAUCUUGUGAACAUUAUCCAAAGGCACAUUAUAGUAAUAAUACGGUAUUUUUAUACAGAAGACUCAGCUCUCCUUGUUGAAAAAUAUUAAAAUCUAAAGAAUUUAUGUUGGUGGUAAUGGUUAUAUAUAUUUGUACAGUUUUCAUUACUGUCUCAAAGCUAAAAAAUUAUUUUGCUGAGACUGUUUAAACUCUUAAAAGAUAUUAAAAUUAA